AUGAUGCCGAUAUCCAGUGUGAUGGAAAAGGAUGCCGCUGGUCCGGACUCUUUCUCUGGGGUGCAUCCCUCAAACCAUGUGGAAUAUAUUCCACAUCUGGGCUCAGAGAACGAGGUCAUCUGCGGCUUGGAAACCUAUCCAUCCUGUUUGCAUACGGAGCAAAGUAGCCCCGCUAGUGCGACAUUCAGCCAGACUGAUGCCGCCGUUCUCACCGAGCAGCUGGCUACGGCAUUACCUAGUUUACGACCCCUCCAUGCUCCAGCUAGGGCGGCCACCCGGGCAGAACAGGAACUGUCAUUUCUUGAUGGUUGUCGCUUAUACCCUAAAGCUAUAGCAUGGUCGUUCAUAUUGUCAGCCACGCUGAUAAUGGAAGGAUUUGAUACACUUCUAAUUUUUAACUUCUUUGCUUUCCCUGCAUUCAAAGAAAGAUACGGAACGCCAACAGCGGAAUCAGGGUAUCAGAUUUCUUCAACAUGGCAAUUUGCUUUGUCAACUGCAGCAGAAGCCGGCGAGAUAGUCGGGCUACUUGCAAAUGGCUAUCUUGCCGAUCGAAUCGGCUAUCGCUGGACAAUGGUCUCCGCAUUGAUAUUUCUAAUGUUGAGUAUCUUGUUGUCAUUUUUCGCGCUCGACAUCCGGAUGUUGUUGGCAGCACAAAUCCUGUGUGGGAUUCCAUGGGGCGUGUUCCAAACAUUAUCAACCACAUAUGCAGCGGAAGUAAUGCCUAUCACGCUGCGCGCCUAUUUACUCAGUAACGUCAAUCUGUGCUGGGUCCUUGGCCAAUUUCUGGCUACAGGAAUACAGAGGAAGUUUGUCGACAACAAGUCCCAAUGGUCAUACCGGAUCCCUUUUGCGCUUCAGUGGGCUAUUUGUCUCCCUAUUCUUGUCGCAGUCGCAUUCGCCCCGGAGUCCCCUUGGUGGCUUAUUCGCCACAAGAACCAACGUGAGGCCGAAAGGUCUCUGAUGAGGUUGACCAGGAAGGACAAGAUCAAUAUCGAUCAGACUGUGGCUCUGAUGAAACAUACGAACGAAAUCGAAAAGUACUUGAAAGAAGAUGAUAAAGGCAUGUCAUACUUAGAUGCCUUUAAAGGGGUUGAUCGCCGGCGAACCGAAAUUGCGUGUAUGGUUUGGGUCGCACAGCAGAUAUGCGGAACUAGUCUGAUGGGCUGGGCGUCAACAUUCUACGAACAGGCUGGGUUUAGUAUCGAUAACGCCUUCAAUUUGUCUCUUGGUAUUUACGCAUUGGCUAUAGUUGGCGCUGUGAUCUCAUGGACACUCUUGUCACGCUUCGGACGCCGUAGGCUGUACCUUUGCGGCCUUUCCGCCCUACUAACUAUUCUAUUGGUUGGGGGUAUUGUCGGGGCUCUUCCAACAUCUAAGGGUCAACUCUGGACUCUCGGGUCAUUACUUUUGAUUCUGACAUUUGUAUAUGACAUGACGAUCGGACCCGUGUGUUAUGUUCUAGUCGCGGAAAUCCCGUCGACUCGACUCCGCACCAAAACUGUGGUCCUGGCUCGAACUGCCUACAACCUUGCCGGAAUUCUCAUCAAUUGGAUGACUCCGCGUAUGCUGAGUCCAGCGGCGUGGGAUUGGAAGGGGAAAUCCUGUUUCUUCUUCGCUGGCACUACAGCUCUGUGCCUCGCCUGGACCUACUGGAGACUGCCGGAAACCUUUGGAUUGAGUUAUCUGGAGAUUGACAUCUUGUUCGAUCGGAAGGCAAAAAGGAGCAAGUUCCGCGAGCUUCGGAUGAACCUCGAAAGUUCGGGAUACUUUAGCAUAGCAGCCCCAACGGGAGAGCAUGAAAAAGUCUCGAUCCUAGACCUGGUUCGUAAUGGCACUGUUGUCGAAGAGAGUGGCACUGUCACAUACCAGAAUUCAUUGCCGGAACCCAACAAGGAUGACCCCUAUGAGGUUGAUGGUAUCAAACUUUACAGACACCCCGGAGGCAUCGAUGUUCACCCAGUCUACGGGGAGAAGCGUAAUAUCACCUUCCAUAAUGGCGCAAAAACAGCUCUUCUAGCCUUGAAGCUCGAAAGUUCCAUCCCUGUAUCUUAA